AUGUUUAGCUUUGCAAUCAACAUCAAAUGUUCGCCUCGAGACCCAGGUCCAGCACAAUUCGUCACAAGAAUGAUCGAAAAGGCGACGUACUGUAGUGCGGUGCUGUCCACUAUCGUGGUGGUAAGCUGCGUAGGAUGUAGUUGGUUGAUUGUACGUGAUAUUCACACAAUGCACGAUGAAGUCAUGGAAAACAUCGAAGAGUUCAAGAAACGAGAAAUUCCUUUCUGUAUUAAAGGCGGCAAGCCCGCAAGAUUGACGAUGUUGGGACCUUUCCACGAAAAGUCAGAAGGCGAUUCUUCCCAGAUCGUCUCCGAAGACACAUGGUCCCAAAUCCUCACAUUUGGAAGCAGUGAGAGUUCCAUACCUUCUUUUGCGAAGUACAUUGGACGAUCUAAAAGAAACGCAAACAAAUGCAAUUGCGGAUUACCACGUCACGACUGCCCACAAGGUUCACAAGGGCCACCUGGCCCUCCUGGAGAACCCGGAUCAAUUGGUUCGGAUGGCAAAGAUGGGCCACCCGGCCCCCCAGGGCGGCAGAUCCCAACGCCCAAGGAUUACCCUAAAGGAUGUAUUCGUUGUCCAACUGGACCACCCGGAGGUGCUGGUGAAAAAGGUCAUCCGGGUCCACCAGGUAAGGAUGGGCAGAAUGGAAAGCGAGGCGCUCCAGGCAUGGAGGGCGAUGGUGGUCCAAGAGGAGAGACAGGAGAUCAGGGAGAACCUGGCAUGGAUGGACAAGUAGGUCAACCAGGUGCACCUGGUGCCGACUGCUUUACUGGUAUGGGUGAAAAAGGUGCACCAGGAUUAAUUGGAGUUCCCGGCCCACGUGGUCCUGCUGGCGAAAAUGGGGAGGAUGGUCACUGCGGUCCGCCUGGAGAAGAAGGUCCACACGGAUUGCCAGGAUUGGGUGGUAUUCCUGGAGCUGAUGGAAAUAUUGGAGCGCAAGGUGAAUCUGGUCGUCACGGAGAUGAUAGCGGCUACUGUAAAUGUCCUGAACGUGAUCAACUGAAUUUAACCCUUAAAUCUGUGCUUUGA